CUCGAGUCAAGACAAAUUCGCAGUCCCAUCAUCGAGUAAUCCAUAAUGGCUCAGAACAUCAGAAACAAACGUUUGGACGAUAUUGCCGCUCCUACCCCACAGAACACCCCGGCUUCCGUCUCGGCUCCCAUCGGAUCCUUGUCCAAGGCGCCCGGCGUUCCCACCAUCUCUGAAGAAGCACAAGUCUCCAUGAUCCAGGGUAAGCUCGGUUCCCUCGUCGGCCGUUCUUCCGGCUACGUCGAGUCUCUCCCUCCCGCCGUUCGCCGCAGGAUCCUUGGCUUGAAGGGUAUCCAGGAGAAGCACGCCAAGCUCGAGGCUGAGUUCCAGGCUGAGAUCUUGGAGCUUGAGAAGAAGUUCUUGGAGAAGUACAAGCCUUUGUACGAGACCCGUGCGAAGGUUGUUGCUGGUAAGGAGGAGGCUACUGAUGAGGAUGUCGCAGUCGGCAAGGAGGUUACUGAGGAUGAUGAGGAAGAGGAAGAGGAGGAGGAGGAGGAGGAGCAAACUGAGGCCGCCAAAGUUAAGGGUAUCCCUGAGUUUUGGCUUACUGCCAUGCGCAACGUCCUCUCCCUCGCUGAGAUCAUCACCCCCGCCGAUGAGGCCGCCCUCGGUCACCUCGUCGACAUCCGCAUGUCAUAUCUCGACACCCCCGGAUUCAAGCUCGAGUUCGAGUUUGAGGAGAACGAGUUCUUCACCAACAAGGUCUUGACCAAGACCUACUACUACCAGGAGGAGGCCGGCUACGGAGGUGACUUCAUCUACGACCGGGCGGAGGGUGACAAGAUCGAGUGGAAGGAGGACAAGGACUUGACUGUCCGUGUCGAGACCAAGAAGCAGAGGAACAAGAACACCAACCAGACCAGAAUCGUCAAGAAGACUGUUCCUCAGGACUCCUUCUUCUCCUUCUUCUCUCCCCCCACCGUUCCCGACUACGAGGACGACGAGGCCGCCGAUGCCGCUUCCGACAUUGACGAGCGUCUCGAGCUCGACUACCAGAUUGGUGAGGACAUCAAGGAGAAGUUGAUCCCCCGCGCCGUUGAUUGGUUCACUGGUGAAGCUCUCGCUUUCGAGGGUGAGGACGACCUCGAGGGUGACGAGUUCGAUGACGAGGAUGAUUUUGAGGACGAUGACAGUGAGGAGGAAGAUGAGGACGACGACGAGGACGAUGAGGAGGUCGGCGCUGGAAAGAAAGACCAGGCUGAGUGCAAGCAGUCGUAA